AUGUUCUCCCGCGAGUCGUCAGAAGAGAAGGCCGCCGGCCCCGAACCAGAAAAGCAAGUCACCUCUGUGACCUCUGCGCAAAAGAGAUUGGAGCUGGGAAACAUUACAGAGGAUCCGGUUGAAGCCUCUGUUUUGUUCACCUUGGAUAAUCCAUACCAUCCUUUCAACUGGCCUAUCUGGCAGAAGUAUCUUAUCACCAUCAUUUACUGCACCCUGCAAACAUACGUGACUUUGACCUCGACCAGUUACGUUGCUAUUGAGUUUCUGGUGCAGGAAAGAUUUGGUGUUAGUACACAAGUUUCUGCUCUGGGGCAAUCGAUGUUCAUUUUGGGAACUGCCAUAGGACCAGCUUUUCUAGGUCCACUAUCGGAUAUUGGAGGAAGAAAAUGGGUCUAUGUGUUCUCGACGCUUCUUUAUGUCAUCUUCAACUUUGGUAAGUUUGAGUUUGUCUCCGUUUACUAA